AUGUCCGAAUCCAAGAAGAUCAUUGCAAUCGUCGGUGCAACCGGCACCCAAGGCUCAUCAGUUGCCCGAACAUUCCUCGCUCUGCCAAAUUGGAAGGUCCGAUGCCUCACCAGAAACCCUUCUUCUGAGAAUGCACAAGAGCUCGCCAAAUUGGGUAGCGAGCUAGUCGAAGCCGACCUCGACGACAAAGACUCACUGCACCGAGCAUUCACUGGCGCACAUGCCAUUUUUGUCAACACCGAUUUCUGGCAACCCUAUCGCGCAGCACUGGCUUUGGGAACCGAUUCCCUGAGCAGCGCCCGACAGGGCUACGAGGUAGAGAUCACACACGGGAAGAAUGCAGCCGAUGUCGCCGCGACUAUCCCAACCCUGGAGAGAUUCAUCUACUCAGCCCUGGGCCCGAUGAAAAAGGCAUCUGGGGGAAAGUACUCGAUGUCUUAUCACUGGGAUACCAAGGCUGAUAUUGUGGAUUACAUUGAGACGCAGAAGCCUGAACUGGCGGGGAAGACAUCUUUCAUCUAUCUCGGCGCCUAUAUUACCAAUCCAUUCCUCUAUCCCAGAUACGAGCCCGAUACCGAUGAAUUUGCUUCUGUUUUGCCAACAAAAAAACAGAUGAGGCUGCCUAUCAUCGAUACCGCUCGGUCAACGGGUCUUUUUGUCAGGGCUUUGGUGGAGGAUGAAGCUCCUGGCAUGAAGCUUUUGGCUUAUGAUGGCUAUCCUUCAAUGGAGCAGAUCAUGACUGUGUGGUCCAAUGCCCUUGGGAAGGAAGUGAAGAUAAUCGAAAUGAGCGUUGAAGAUAUGCAUGGAAAGAUGGGUAUACCGCUCGAGGUUCUUGGUGGUCCUGCAUUUAUCGAUGAGUUCGGUUACUGCGCUGGGCUUCAGAAUGUUGUCGAGCCUACCCAGUUAAAAUCUUGCACGCAAGGUCCGAGUUUUGAAAAGUGGCUGGAAGGUCAGGACCCUAUGAACUUGCUUGGUUUGAAGAAGUCGAAUAAGUGGGACGGUCUUGUUCAGUAG